AUGAGUGCCAAAAAUACGAAAAUCUUCGAGGACGAGAACACGGAUUCCGGUUUUCUGUCUGGACCUUUAAGUGAACAGCUGGACCAAGAUUCGUCGGACGACUUGGUCAAGUUGGAUUCCAAGCCCGAUGUGUCGGAAUGUGAUAAAGUGGCCAGUGAUCAGUCAGAGCUCGAAAGUGGUAUUGAUUUGUGUUGCGGUCUGGAUAAUGUUACUAUAAGUGAUCCACAAGCCGUUCCAGAGGGCACGUUAAUAGUUGUUGACACUGAUAACAGACAGGAAAUAUCAGCACGAGAUAUACCGUUACUGUUCCAGCAGGACGAAGACGGCGACGAGCAGCUACACAUUGCCGCGGUACAUGGCUGUGAGAAAUCAGUGGGUACCCUCAUAAGGAUAUGUCCUGACAAGUCAUGGCUGGAUGUGCCCAAUGAUUACGGCCACACAGCGCUUCACUUGGCUGCGAUGGCCGGACAUGCUGUGGUCGCUAGGAUGUUAGUUCGAGCGGGGGCCUCCCUCUACUGCAGAGAUGUCACCGGAGAGACGGCACUUCACAAAGCAGUGGCCGGAAACCAUCUCGAAUGCCUUCAAGCGUUACUCGCGCCGGUUCCAGAACAACCUCCCAGGAAGUUAUCAGCUCUAUUGAACCAGAAAAAUUAUAAAGGUCAGAUGUGUGUCCACGUGGCGGCCGCUAAAGGUCACCUGGAGGCGAUCCAGACCCUCGUCUACUUCGGAGCCGACAUCAACGCCAGGGAGGGUCUCGCUGGCUGGACGGCGCUCCACAUGGCCGCUCACCGCGGGGACGGGCGGCUGGUGCGUCACCUCAUGGAGAAGUGUCCCGGGGUCGCUCCUUACGUGACGGACUACGCGGGCCGCACGCCCGGACGGGUCGCCGCCACCAGCGUCAGGGGCAUGUUCGAUGACAGAGACGACUCGGACUCAGACGAGUAUGACAGUGACAGCGACUCCGAGAGUCUGUUCGCCAAGAUCCGUCAGAGCGCCAGCGCCAUCGACGUGGCGUGA